AUGCUAAGUAUUGAAAGAGAUGUUCAGGUAGCCCAUCCGCAGACAUCUAUGUCAAAAAAACACGGUAUUAACAUUCCGGGUGCUAUUCUGGAUGAACUUAAGAACAAGAAUUAUUCUGAUGACGCACGGUUUCAGCAAAAAAGAACAGCGAAGAAGCAGCUGAGUAGAAAAGAAAGCAGGAAAAGACAGAGAGCGGAAAAGAAGCAAAAGAAGAAUGGGAAGACCAAUUCGGCGCAUUCUCCAAAGGUUAUAGUGCAAUCUGAAAAGGUACCGAAAAGAAAACCUAACACUGACAAAAUUUAUCGUUCUGCCGAGAAAGAUGGCGAUGGUAAUGGCAAAUUGCCGUUCUCUUCUGACGAUGAGUUGUCUUCUGGCGACUUUGAUGAAUUCGAUGAUGGUGAUUUGGAUGAGGAAGAAUGGGGACAACUAAGAGAACUUGAAGAAGAGCAUUCUGAAGUUGAUGGAGAUGAACAGGACGAAGAUAGCGAAAGUGAGGAAGAGGUAGAGGAGGAGAGCGGUGAAGAACCCGAAACAGCAGAAGAUGUAUUUGCAGCAUUGAAAGCAAAGAAGUCUGCUAAAAAGAGUGAAUCCAAACAAAAUUUGAAAUCUGACAAAAGAAAGGAGGAGUAUUAUCCUUUACCGCCCUCAGAGAGAUCAGCAUUCGAAAGAGAUGAGAUGGAUAUGCAAUAUUAUGCCAAAAAAUUGAACUUGAAAAGUAAAAAUAAGAGAAUUCACGCGAAAGAUGAAUAUGACGCCAUCGGUGGCCUGCUCGAGGGUUUAGACUAUUUUGAAAACGUUGGUAAUGACGAUGAAGAAUAUGGUGAUUUUUCAAUUGAUGAAGACAAAAAGAAAUCCAAGGGGAAUAAAGGUAAUGGAUUUCCUUCUGAUGAUGAGAUAUCUUUCGGGGAUUUUGAUGAAUUCAACAAAGACGACUUGAAUGAGGAAGAAUGGGAACAGUUGAGAGAAUUAGAGGACGAUGAGGACGAUGAGGACAAGGAUGGGUCUGAUGUUUCGGAUGUAGGUACUAGAGUAAGGGAAAAUCCUUACGUUGCACCACAGACUGAAGAGACAUCAGCUACUUAUGUCCCACCCAAUUUGCGGAGAAAGCAGCUAGCUGAUGACGGUAAAGACUCCGCAAUUAAAGCAGAGAUCAGAAAAAAAGUUAAAUCCGCGUUGAACAAAUUGUCUGAUUCCAAUUUGGCAAAUAUAAUCUUGUCGUUAAAUGUCCUAUACGAUGAAUACCCACGCCAGUACGUGACAGACACUAUUAACUUUCAAAUCUUAGAAAUUGUCGCACAGAAAAACAAGCUACUCGAUGGAUUUAUUAUGAACUAUGCAGCGGUAAGUUCAGCUUUGUUCAGACUGAGAGGUUUGGAGGUCGGUGCUAGUUUUAUUCAACGCUUUGUUGAAAAAUUUUUAGCGGAUUAUGCAAAACAGCAAAACGUUUUGAAUAAUCUCCCUGAAGGGGAGGCACUUAAUGUACCGAAGGAAUGCAGUAAUGUAAUUACGUUGUUAAGUUACUGUUACAAUUUUGGGUACAUUUCUUCCAAUUUGAUAUACGAUCUCAUCCGUGAGUUUGUGACUACUCCAAAUGAGGCGACAACAGAACUUCUUUUGAGAAUUGUUUCAGUGUCUGGGCAACUAAUUCGUGGGGACGAUCCAUCUGCUUUGAAAGAAAUUCUAUCUCAGCUGUUGGCGAAUGUAAGAGAUAUAAAAGAACAGAGUCCAAGACUGCAAUUUUUGCUAAAUAAUCUUUCCGAUUUGAAAAAUAAUAGACUUAAAGCAUCAGUCAUUGCUACCGACUAUCAUCCUACAAAAAGAAUCAUCAGUGGUCUCUAUAAAGACGCAGCCAGUGUCGAACCUUUACAGGUUUCACUAAAUGAUAUCAGGAAUGUGGAGACUAAGGGUAAAUGGUGGUUGGUCGGUGCAUCGUGGAGAGGUAAUAUGGAUUCUGCCUUGGAAAGUAGAGAUGAUGGUAAUACUCUUGCAGUGAAGAAACCUACUACUAAACUAAGGAUUGAAGAUGACCUUCUAGACGAUAUUCCUGACUGGAGUCAAAUUGCGAAAGAACAGCGUAUGAAUACAGAUAUUCGUCGUGCAAUUUUUAUCAGCAUUAUGUCAGCACAGGAUUUUGAGGACGCCUUUUCCAAACUUGAGAAACUGAACCUGAAGAACAAGCAAAUUUCAGAGAUCCCCAGAGUCCUGUUACACUGUCUGCUGACAGAUUCUGAACAAAAUGGAUACAACCCAUUUUACUCCUUGGUCGCAGCCAGAAUCUGUGAAGAGCAUAGACAACUGCUUAAAGCUUUCCAAUUCUUGUUUUGGGACAUUGUUAAGAAAUUCGAAAACGACAGGGAUUCUGAUGAUGAAGACGAUUUUGAUACAUUCCAGUUCAAGACCGAAGAAAAACGACUGAGAGAUAUAGCUGCCCAAGGACGGUUUUUUGGGUAUCUGAUUACUAAGGGUAUAUUGAAAUUGGAUGGUUUCAAGCACGUACCUAUUAUGGGAGGACUGAAUGAUGACGGUGUACUGUUCAUCGAAGUUCUACUUUAUCAAAUGCUUUUGACAAUGGGCAAAAACUGCGAACAGAAAGUGCGGAAGGGUGGCAAUGGAAAAAAAGAGUUUGUUUUCAAAUCUAGUCCACUUAAAAGUGUUCUGAUAGACAGCAUCAAAUUGGAGAAUAGAGUCACAAUUUUGAAGGGUAUAAAAUGGUUCAUCAAAAAGAAAUUAAACCCCACGAAUUAUCUUGUUGGGGAAAAGGGAGAAAAACAAUACGAAAGGGACAAACGGAGGGUCAGCUGGGCGAUAGAAAAGUUUAUAGAUACCAUAAAUGAAGAAUUGGAUGGCAUGGAUCAUUUAUAA